CAGCCUGUCAGAAACACUAGAGACAGAGUUUUUGUCCCGUCGGAAUUGCACGGUUUCGAGCAAGGUUUCUUUUUUUUUCCUUCUCAUCAAAACGAGUGAUGCUGUCGUGACGAUCGCGCAACAGAAUCGUGUUGUGAGAGACACAGCACUUGCAACAAUUUCGCUUUGCGUUCUUUCAACGGACGACAGCAUUUCGCAGCAGACUAGUUCUUUAGCCAUUUUUGUAGCCCUGUACUAAACUAGCCCUGUGCCUCUUGUGAUCCGCAAUGGCGGAGACAAAUGGGGCCGCAAAUUUGAAUACGAAAAAUGGCAAUUUUAUCUGCGGUGUCGUCGAAGGAUUUUAUGGACGGCCCUGGACCACCGAACAAAGAAAGGAUUUGUUUCAAAAAUUAAAGAAAUGGGGGAUGGAUUCAUAUUUGUAUGCUCCAAAAGAUGAUUACAAACACAGAGCAUACUGGAGAGACUUGUACACGGUGGAAGAAGCUGAACAUUUAACAGGACUGAUAACAGCAGCAAGAGAAUGCGGUAUUACGUUUUAUUAUGCGUUAUCACCAGGAUUGGAUAUCACAUAUUCGAGUACCAAGGAAGUUAGUGUAUUGAAAAGAAAGUUGGAACAAGUUAGCCAAUUUGGUUGCACUGCAUUUGCUUUAUUGUUUGAUGAUAUAGAACCAGAAAUGAGUGAAGCGGACAAAGAAGUAUUUCAAUCUUUUGCUCAUGCACAAGUUUCUGUCACAAAUGAUAUUUUCCAACAUCUUGGUCAACCCAGAUUUCUACUGUGUCCAACACAAUAUUGUGCAACCCGGGCAAUGCCAAAUGUGGCAUCCUCGGAAUAUCUUAACACACUUGGUAGUAAAUUGGCCCAAGAAAUUGAUAUAAUGUGGACUGGCCCUAAAGUAAUAUCCAGACUUCUCACUGUUGAAUCCAUUGAAGAGAUUACAGAAGUUUUGAGGAGGCCGCCAGUCAUAUGGGACAAUUUACAUGCUAAUGAUUAUGAUCAAAAGCGUGUAUUCUUAGGUCCAUAUUCUGGCAGAUCUCCUGAUUUAAUUCCUAAACUCAGAGGUGUUUUAACUAACCCUAAUUGUGAAUAUGGAGCAAAUUUUAUAGCAAUUCAUACAUUGGCUCAGUGGAGUAGGUGUAACAUUGAUGGAAAAAGGGAUUUAAGUUUAAAUGAUACAGUAUCAGCUGACAUAAAGUUAGAGACUGAAACGGAAGAUGGCGUGCUUGGUGAAGAUGUUCCUUCAACAAUGUCUCCAAACAUAUAUCAUCCUCGGCACGCUUUAAAAAAUGCCAUUAGCGAUUGGUUAGUGGAAUUUAACAAAAAACGACCCGCGUGGGGUGUUAUAGCAAAGCCACAACCAUGUGUUGCUCCAACUGUACCGAUUCCAAUAAUUCCUUCUGUAAAUACAUGUAUGAGUCUCACAUCGACGACGACUACUACUACUACAGUUCCCGCGCCACCACCUACGCCAGUAAAUAAUUCCAAUCAUCUUCAAGCAUUAGCUGAAGUUUGCUCAAGCGUGACGACUACGGAUAGUUACGUACAACCUCCUGCUGGUCCUGUCAUGAAUUCUUUGGUAUCUGAGACAACUGUCGUUAGUGAACCCAUUAUUCCAUCAAUUUCUAGUAGCGUGCAAAAUGUACCAAGUUCAAAUAAUUUGUCAUCCAUGGAACCAAUGGAUUGUAACACAACGCCUAAUAAUUCCCCAGCACACGCAGCCAAGAUUCAAACAGAGGAUGAUGCCAUGGUAGAAAAUACUUCUACAUGUAGCGAAGCCUCUGGCAGUAUGCAAGUUGAAAUGGAUGGCACUUCCCCUGUUAUAAAUGGUACUCAAAUGAUCGUUGAAAACGACAGCGAGAAUCAUGAUAGUGGCGAUAAUGGGGAUCAAGAAUCUUCAGAAUCGAUAGAUGUCGACAAGCGAUUAACGCAAGAAGACUUGUCGCUGUUAUGCGAUCUCUUUUAUUUGCCAUUUGAGCAUGGCGGUCAAGGCAUUCAACUACUGCAAGAGUUUAACUGGUUGAAAAGUAACGCUCACGUUGUCAUGAGAAAAUCAAAAGAAGAUGAAGCUGCAUCUGAAUCUGAUAUUGAAGAAUGGCACACGCGAGCAGCUAAGCUAAACGAAAUGUGCAAUGCCGUAAAUAGGUUAUUUCAGAGGCUUACAUACUGUAAUAACCGUGAGUUGUUAUAUGAUCUCUAUUCGUAUGUGUGGGACAUGCGAGGAGUUGUAUCUCUCUUAAACAGUUACGUGAAAUGGUUGGCGUUUGGCAGAUUCCCAUCGACGAUGACAACGUUUACCCAGGGCAGCUACACAUGGUUUUCAAAUGGUUGGAAAGAAACUUUUAUGAGCGGAGAUCAAGAGCCAUGGGUAUUCCGUGGAGGACUAACGGCUGAUCUACAGAGAUUAAUUCCAGUGGAUAGUGGUAAUGACCUAUUCGUUUACAAAGCGCCAGAAGUGCCCAGUAGUAAAAUCUAUACAAUUAGGCCUUAUUUAGCAAGUGAUGAAGAUGCAGUUUAUGAUGUGUGCAAUAAAAUAUGUGGCUGUGUUGGAUCAUCUGCAGUUGCAGAUCGAUUGGUUGGGGGUUUUCUCACUCUAAGUUCAGAAUUGUGUAUGGUUGUUGAAGAUGAGAGUGGGAUAGUAGGUUACGCACUGGCUGCCUUAAAUGUAAAGUCUUAUUAUCAGAAAUUAGCUAUUUCUUGGAUUCCUGAGUUACGAAUGAAGUACCCAUUGGAAAACAAUAUGAAUGAAUUGCCACAAAAUGUUCAGGACGCCAUACGAUAUUUCCAUUCGUUUGUUGUGGAUGUGCCUGAACAAUUAUGCAGACAACAUCCGUCGAAGCUGUUGUGUGCUGUGUUACCAAGUGUUACAGACCAAUCUGUCCCUAAAAGAUUAAUUACGUGUAUUCUUGCAGCUUUAAGAGCCAACGGUUCGUUUGGUGUACAUACUACGAUGUCAAAUACAGACAAACAAUCACACGAAUUUUAUAGUAAAUUAGGUUUCGUUGACCUAAAUCCAGCUCACGAGGAACAUCCUGGAAUCAAAACUAUGUGUAGAAGUUUCUAACAAAGAGUGAGUACACCAGUGAUAUUUGUGAAUAAAGUGUAUUUACUCGGACCACCUGCGAAGAAGGCUUCUGCUGUUUAGAAAUGAAAUCAGUUAUCUGGAAAUCUAUUAUAUUAUUUCAAAAACGACCCGGUGGAGCUUUCCUUAUUGUGUGUUUCUAUGCAGCAGAUAGAAAAUCAAUUCCUCAUGAAUACUUUCUUUGGAAUAGAAGUAAAGAAAAUGCAGGCAAAUUUUAUAUUAUACCAUUUUCAAUGAUUCGUAUUUCCUUUCCAAAAACUGUUCUAUAAGAUGUCCAUCUUCUUAAACUGAAAGAAGAAAAGAAAGAAGAAAAAGAUCACCUAACUGUGUUUAACAAUAUAUUCGAUAUAUAUGAUGUACAUACGUAUAUAUAUAACAGUAAGUUGCAGCAAUGUUGAAUGUGGAGAAUUCGAAAAAAAACGUAAAACGUGCAAUAGUAAUAUUUAAACAGAGCAAAAGUGGAACGCGAUACAAGAGAAAAAAGAUUAUUUGUUAAUUUUAUGAAUAUUUGUGUUUGUGAAUACAACUCUAUGGAAUUUUAAUAUAACCGGUAUGCUUGUAUGUUAAUAGGAAAUUUUCUUAAGGCUCAAAGGAUGUAUAUAUCGUAUUGAAUGAUGUACGAUGAGAAAAAGAUAAUGCCAGUAUGUGUGUUCAAUCGAUAAAUUAAUCGAAGCUUUUUAUCCCGUCGAAAGAUAUUUUCGUAUAGUCACACGAACGACGAAGAAGAUCAUGAAACACAAGAAGAAAAUAAACUUCGUUCGUUCAGUUCGUUUUUGCUGAAUCACUAUAAAAAUUAAAAAAAAAAUCAACACAAGGUCUAGUUUUAACGUCAGCUUCGCAUUUCUAAGAAAAUCACCUAAUCUAUAGAUACUGUACUGCCUGAUAACAAAAUGUUCACAGCGUGUACAUAAUCGAUAUUUAACAUGCCUACUGUAAGGCCUUUUUAUGUUUAACGUAUCGUCCUAAUUAAUGCUACUCUUAAUUAUGCAAAAGUGAAUAUUAUUAACGAUUCCUAAUUGGCUCUACGAUCGCAUUACGACGUAGUACUCGUAUAUGUAUUGCCACAGAAUGUGAUGUACAUAUAUAGAAUUGUUUAGAAAAUACUGAUUACUUUAUUAACAUUCAACAGUUAGCUAGUUUAAUUUUACCGUGUCAAGACGUUAAAUAAUAUGUACGUUGUAUUUUAUACGAUCGUUUAUUUUUAUAAGUUUCCGUAUUAUAACGAUCAUCAUAAUCAUAUAAUUACGCGAUAAUUAUUUAUGUCCAGGAAAAAGCAAUUAAACCUUUAGAGGUCUCGCGCACAGGUAUAGACGAUGUACAAAGUCGAUUUCAGAAGUAAAAAAAAAUUGACAGUCCUUGAAUGUAAUAUUAAGCCGACUAUCUUUGUGUCGUUCACGUGAAUAGGAAGGAAGGUCUAGGUGCACCGUUGGGCCGGUAAGUCCCAUAUGGUAAUAUUCACAGUUACAAAGACUUCACAUUACUUUUGUGUGUUUAUCGGCCCUGGUCGUAAUGGGACACGUCCCUUACAAACCAUUACAUUGCUAGUUAGGUACUAACAAGAUUGUUGUUCGUAUCACGUUAUAUACGUCAGUGUAUCAAAUGUACAGAGCCAAGACAGAAAGUAACGAAUAAAGUAUAUACACACAUACACACGAACAAACACACGUAACGAAAGAAAAAUUAAAAUAAAUAUGAAGAUCUUAGA